AUGGCCGACAGCGAAUUUGAAGAAUUUCGCCGGGUAUUUGACAAAUUACCGCAACACAUAAAGGCCCCAACACCGUUCUAUUCAUUAGUACCAAAUGUUGGACUGGAAGAUGAUUCGCCGUCUUCUAAAAGUGAGGAGUCGCCAGAAGAGGAUAAAUUGUGUGUGGCCGACACCGAAGCGAUAAAUGCAGAUGGCUCCCCAAUCACACAACCUGAUAAAACAGACGCACAACGCAGUCCCCGUCACCAAUUUACAAGUGGAGAAAGAAGGAGAAGAAAACUCCCAGAGAUACCCAAAAAUAGAAAAACUUCUGUGGUUGGUGCAUCCCAACCGGCAUCACUUGCUGAUGAGUUAGGAGCAUUAACUGGUCUUCUUGUACGACCAGGGGGGCAGGGGCGGCCCCUUUUGGUGCUAAAGUGUGGCUACCUCUUGGACGAAGACUCCAGUCCCGACUCAGAAAGGCUGCAAAGCCUCGGCGAUGUAGAUAGUGGACACAGCACUGCACAUUCGCCGAUCGAUACUGGACCUAAGAGCCUAUCCCCAACGCCGUUACAACAGAACGUGUCACCAACAUCAAGUUGCAGCAUCAGCGGCAUUAACUUCGCCGGCAACGUAAGCACAGUGCCUCAUAGCCAACUAGAAAUGCUCGAAGCCACACACAGAGGGCUCCACAAGUUCAACCCGCGACAUCACGAUGAGAUAGAAGUGGAAAUAGGCGAUCCGAUUUAUGUUCAGAAGGAGGCAGACGACUUAUGGUGCGAAGGAGUUAAUUUAAGGACAGGUCAACAAGGUAUCUUUCCUUCGGCAUACGCGGUUGAUAUGGACUACAGUGAUUUUGAUCCAGCAAACGCUAAAGCGAAGAGAGAGAGAUAUUUACUGGGCUAUAUGGGCUCCGUGGAAACACUUGCUCAUAAAGGAACUGGUGUUGUUUGUCAGGCAGUAAAAAAAAUUGUCGGUGACUCUAAUGGAGAUAUUGGCUCUCAGCCUUGUAUUUUAGAAGUUUCGGAUCAAGGCCUUCGUAUGGUCGACAGAUCCAAACCAGAUCGGAGUCGAAAUACGCCUUGCAUCGACUACUUUUACUCACUGAAGAAUGUAUCGUUCUGCGCGUUCCACCCACGGGACCAUCGCUAUCUCGGCUUCAUCACGAAACAUCCCACACUCCAGAGAUUUGCAUGUCACGUGUUCCGUGGACAGGAGUCUACCAGACCUGUGGCUGAAGCCGUGGGGUAA